AUAGGUUAAUCUUUUAUAUAUAACACUGUGACCUAAAGGGUUCUUGAUUGUCGUUUCUUGUAGUCAGCGCAUAAAUCUAGUAACUCGAUAACCUUAAUACAAUGUCGUCUCUUCAUCCUCUUAUUGGCUCGGGCUACAAGGGCAGCCCCAAUCACGCGGGUGGCAAGCUCUAUUGCCACUGUAAGCAGAACCCCGUCGAGGUUACCCUAUCAUCAGACGUAGCCUUCAACCACGCCUGUGGCUGUUCCAAGUGCUGGAAGCCCGCAGACGCUCUGUUCAGCGUUGUCGGCGUCGUCCCCGUUGAGAAGUUGGCUAUCACCGCCAACGAAUCGAAGCUACACAUCAUCGACCCUAACGCCGCUAUCCAACGAAACGCCUGCAAGGAGUGCGGAGUCCACUUGUUCGGUCGCAUCGUGGUCGAUCACCCAUUCAAAGGUCUCGACUUCGUCCACACGGAACUCAGCAAAGGGGCUGGCAAGGAUGGAUGGCAAGAGCCUCAGUUUGCCGGAUUUGUGAGCAGCAUCAUUGAGCAAGGCGUUGAUCCGGACAAGAUGUCCGAAGUGAGAGACGGAUUCAAGAAAGCGGGACUUGAGACCUACGAUUGCCUAUCACCAGCGUUAAUGGACCUCAUCGCUACUUUCACGGCUAAGAAACUUGGAACCUACAAGGCAAAAAUGUAAAAUAGGAAAACACGGAAUGAUAGCUUUUUUCAACUAUUUAAUCAAUGGUUAGUGCAGAAAGGAGUAAAAUAAUUCAAAAAAAAGUUCUUUCCUUAUUUUAUGUGUUAGGUUAGGAUAUUCUGAACGGCUUUGUUAUCAGCAGAGUGGGAAUGAGGUCUAUGAUUAUUAGUAAAUCAUUGAUUGUCUCUAUCCUGAGGAGAGAGUUGUUACACGCUUACAAGUUGUACUAGCUGAAUAUGCAGUUCGCCUUGAAAGGCCAUUGCAGGCUGUUAGUAAUCUUUAGAGACAUACAGCCAAUAUUGAAAAUGAG